GCUUCCCGCCUCAGAACUCACGGCAGUCACCCGACACCGAGGGUCCAGCUUCCUGCCCUUACGCUUCCGUUGGCUUCGUUCAAACAGGCCGCUUUCACCAGCACCCAAUCAGAACGCUCGAUCUUCGGCCGCCGCCCAAUGAGCGCGUGUAAUGGGGGGGCGGAAAGGGCGUGAAGCCCAAUAGCAGCGCCAUCACACUUGAGGGCAAAAAGGUUAGGAAGCCGGCAUGGCGCUCCGGUCAAUAAAAUCGAUAGCUGGAAGCUGCCUGUGUUCCAGGCACAGGCGGUGCAGCAGCAGCGCCGCCAUUUUCCCCGAAGGCAUCUUCCGGUGCCUUUCACCCAAGUUCGGACAGGAGUUUCCUGAAUAACAGCGAAAGGUUUCCGUUAGCCCCGCAGGCGCCCGACUCCGCUUCCCUCCGGACCUCCCCAGGCACGCUCAGUCCCGGUCCGGCGGGGCUCCCAAAUCCCGGGGUCCGCCAGUGCCCGGGGACCGAGGCCGGGACGAGGAGGGCCGUGGCGCUGGCUUGUCGGGCCCAAUGGCUCCGCCUUCGGCUCUGCUCUCCGCGCGGGGACCAGGAGAAGCCGGACCCGGCAGGAGAAGGGGAAGGAGGCCGAGGGCAGUGAAGUUCGCGGACGUGGCUGUGUACUUCUCCCCGGAGGAGUGGGGGUGUCUGCGGCCCGCGCAGAGGGCCCUGUACCGGGACGUGAUGCGGGAGACCUACGGCCACCUGGGCGCGCUUGGGUGCGCAGGUCCCAAACCAGCCCUCAUCUCCUGGCUGGAACGAAAUACCGAGGAUUGGGAACCAGCUGCUCUGGAUCCGCAGGAGUGCCCAAGAGGGGUAACAGUCCAAAGAAAAACCAGAACCAGAAAGAAGAAUGGAGAGAAGGAAGUGUUUCCACCUAAGGAGGCACCCAGAAAGGGGAAGCGAGGGCGGCGGCCCAGCAAACCCCGGCUGAUCCCCAGGCAGACAUCUGGGGGCCCCAUCUGCCCUGACUGCGGUUGUACCUUCCCUGAUCACCCAGCCCUGGAGAGCCACAAGUGUGCCCAGAAUCUGAAAAAGCCUUACCCUUGCCCAGACUGUGGGCGUCGCUUUUCCUACCCAUCCCUGCUGGUCAGUCACCGGCGGGCACACUCUGGUGAGUGUCCCUAUGUUUGUGACCAGUGUGGCAAACGUUUUUCCCAGCGCAAGAACCUCUCCCAGCACCAGGUUAUCCACACAGGUGAGAAGCCCUACCAUUGUCCUGACUGUGGCCGCUGCUUCCGUAGGAGCCGGUCCUUGGCCAAUCAUCGGACCACGCAUACAGGCGAAAAACCCCACCAGUGCCCUAGCUGUGGGCGUCGCUUUGCCUACCCCUCACUGCUAGCCAUCCACCAGCGCACACACACAGGAGAGAAGCCCUACACCUGCCUAGAAUGCAACCGCCGCUUCCGCCAGCGCACCGCCCUAGUCAUCCAUCAGCGCAUCCACACUGGCGAGAAGCCCUACCCGUGUCCAGACUGUGAGCGGCGUUUCUCCUCAUCCUCUCGCCUGGUCAGUCACCGGCGAGUACAUUCGGGGGAGCGUCCCUAUGCCUGCGAGCACUGUGAGGCCCGCUUCUCCCAGCGCAGUACACUGCUCCAGCACCAGCUCUUGCACACAGGCGAGAAGCCCUACCCCUGCCCAGACUGUGGACGUGCCUUCCGGCGGAGCGGCUCCCUAGCCAUACAUCGCAGCACGCACACUGAGGAGAAGCUGCACGCGUGUGAUGACUGUGGCCGCCGCUUUGCCUACCCCUCGCUACUGGCCAGUCACCGGCGCGUUCACUCAGGCGAGCGGCCCUAUGCCUGCGACCUGUGUUCGAAGCGCUUUGCCCAGUGGAGCCACCUGGCUCAGCACCAGCUCCUGCACACUGGGGAGAAGCCAUUCCCCUGCCUCGAGUGUGGCCGUUGCUUCCGCCAGAGGUGGUCUCUGGCCGUCCACAAGUGUAGCCCCAGGGUUCAAAACUGUAGUGCUAGAUCUGCUGUAGGAGGGACUAGCCAGAAGGGCGAUGCCCUGUAGAAUGGGAAGGACUGUAUAAGUGCAUUUCAUUUCAUGGAGGGGCCCAGAGAAGGCAAGAAGCCGCCCCAGGCCAUACAGGGCAGAGUCAGAACUAAAAGCCAGGUCUCGUGCUACACAGACCUGAACUUGAGUAUAUUCCACCACACUGGCUGCCUUACUUACUAUGUGUGUCUAGAACAGACAGUCCCAUUAGGAGAGGCAACAUCAUUUGGUUAAAGUUUUCCAAGCUUCCUAUCCUAAAAGAAUUUCUGUGACUAUCAGGGCUAAAAGUUCCCCCCAGCUAUUUUAGGGGCUGCUUUUCUAGUUUGUGCAUAUAGGGAUUACCCAUCCCCUUGCAUGCAGUCAGAAAAAUCGCAUUUAUAGGGGGGCAGGAUCUUCCUCUACUCUGCUUUCCUCCAUACUAGGUUUAAACAAACCUGGUUUAGCCCCAUUUUACAACACUCCUGCCACGUGGUCUUCUACCAUUGCUUUAAAACCUCCUUUGACAGGGAGCUCACUACCUCACAAGGCAGGUUAUUUCAUUGUGGGAUAGCUCUGAUCUUUGGAAGGCUGUUAGGAACCACAUUCUCCUUCCCUGUAAGCCUGGCCCAGAAUAUGUUUAAUACUUAUCUAUGAGGCAGCUCUUCAGAUAACUUAAUCACAGCUACUUUGCCCCCACAUUUUCAGGUUCAACAGCAUUAAUUUGGUCAAUCAUUACUUAAAGACAGGGUUUCAAUUCCCACACAUGAUCUCUCCAAAUAGGUGCUGGUUUUUCAAUGUCCCUUUUAAGGGGUCAUACAAAAAUAAGCCGGCACCACAGUGUACACUAUACACCUUCUUGUCUGUACUGUUUUAACAGUUCUAGAUUGGAUUUGGGGGCAGCAGCACUGUACCAGGGGUUUCUUGGGUUGCAAACACCUAAAUACCUAAGUUUUUUUUAAAGCACAUGCUGUGAAGCUAAGUCUUCUGCACCCUAUGUUUGGGAAGUUGGUUCAAGUUGGGUGUGGGACAUAAGCACAGUGAGCUUUGGGAGAAGACUGGUCUUAAGGAAAAGCAGGGGAGCUAGCUGCAAGAAGUAAGAAUGGGACCAGCUUGCUGUACUUCACCUGGUGGAUUUGGGUAAGUUCCAGGCAGCCAGUGGCUGGAAAAUCCUGGAGAACUGGGUCUCACUCCUCCCUGAUUCUCAUCAGAAUAAGAAGACAUCAGCACAGAGCCUUCCGUGAGUCCUCAGUCAACAGUUUUUCAUAAAACAAGUUGAGGCCAUUCAAGGAGAGUAGAAAGUUAGGUAAUUAAAUACAAAGCAGGAAGAGUGUGCAGUCAUCAAGUUGUGUUCAUGUCUGCCUCCCUCACAUAAGCUCCAGAGGGCAGUGGCAGCAAUGUGUCUUAAUCUUUGAUACGCCUCCAUGGCACCCACCCAAGUAGGUGCUAGUAAAACUUCACCAAAUUAAAUGAACACAGCCUACCACUUUGCCUUGGGUAGCUGCACCAAAUUUGAAUUUCCAGACGUGACUUCUCAUAUUCCAGAGCUGGAGUGGAUCAUCCUCCUACCCGUCGCUUCUUCCUUCAGCUCUCCUGAUCGCAGCUCCAG